AUGGGAGUCCUCGAUAACAUCAAAGACUUUAGAAAAUAUUCUAAUCAGUACUUGGCUGCAUUCACAGGUACGCUCUUAACAUUUUCCGUGAUUGCAUCGUACGGAUGGACAUCACCUACCCUGCCUAUAUUGAUGGCCGAGGACUCACCGCUGCCGAUUACGUCGGACGAGAGCUCAUGGAUAGUAUCGAUUUUGGUGCUGGCCUCAAUUGUUGGCCCUAUUCCUACGGCUUGGGCUAUCGACAGAUUCGGCCGGAAGUACACUAUGCUGUUUACUGCCAUUCCAACCAUCAUCGGUUGGAUACUUAUAGGAGUUGCACAGUCUGUGCCGGUGCUGUAUAUUUCCCGCUUGUUGAGCGGAAUUUCCUACGGUAUGCAGUACUCUUCGAUGCCGAUCUAUCUAGGAGAAAUCGCAUCAGACGCUAUUCGUGGCUCGAUUGGUACACUUCUAACAGUUAUGGCAAAAGCAGGAAUAUUGUUUGAAUAUAGUGUUGGGCCGUUUGUCGAUUUCCGGAUGCUAGCCUGGAUUUCGGUAAUUUUUCCCAGUGCGUUCUUUCUACUGUUCAUGUGGAUGCCCGAAUCACCGUAUUACCUGUUGGCAAAAAAUAAGUAUGAACCAGCGGAAAAGAGCCUGCGAUGGUUCAGAAAACGGGAUGAAGUUCAUGAUGAACUGACAAUGAUGAAAGCUGCGGUGGAACGUUCGAAACAAAAUAAAGGAACAUUUCGAGAGCUUUUCACGCCAGGCAAUAGGAGAUCGUUGAUCGUCGUAUUGGGACUUGGAGCCCUGCAGCAGCUUUGUGGUAGCCAAGCUGUUAUUGCAUAUUCUCAACAAAUUUUCGCAGAAGUUCAAAGUGGCCUCCAAGCUCACGAAUCAUCUAUCAUUAUGGCAGUAAUUCAGUUGAUCACUGCUGCACUCUCUUCGUCGAUCGUAGAUCGAGCAGGUCGAAGACCAUUGCUAUUGAUAUCAACCACAGGUUGCGCAAUUGGUACUUUCGUAGUAGGAUUGUAUUUCUUCUUACAGCAACAGGGAACCAAUGUUCAGAGUGUUAGCUGGAUUCCUUUGGUGGUAAUUAUGCUAUACAUAAUCUCGUACACGAUUGGUCUUGCUACGGUACCGUUUGCCGUGCUUGGUGAGUUGUUCCCGUCCAAUGUUAAAGCGGUAGCGGCCGCUAUGUACACCAUGUUCGCCUCUGCCAUCGGAUUUGGAGUGUCAAAGCUGUACCAAGUAAUUUCCGACAAUCUGGGGACAUAUGUUUCGUUUUGGAUAUUUUCCGUAUGUUCCGCACUGUUUAUUAUAUUCGUCUUCUUACUGGUACCAGAAACCAAAGGAAAACCGCUCGAUCAGAUUCUUGUAGAAAUGCGUUCAUCUCAAAACCGAACACUAACCGGUUGUUUCCGGAGACGAAAAACAGCGAAACUUUAA